AUGAUACUACUCAUUGUUUUAGUCUAUAUAACUCACCAAACUCUGUUUUAUUAGUUUGAUGCAAGCUCUAACAUAAUAGAUGGUAAUUUCUUGUAAUGUAUUUUAGGAUGGGAAACAGUAAAUAAUCCAAAUUUCUUUACUUGUGGAGUGAUUCAUUAUUUUGGAUCAAAUAAUAUUAAUAAUUAUUUUCUUAGCAGAAUAUUUUUGGAUCUUGAACCUCAUUCUCAAAUUAGGGUGGAUGCAAAGGUUCUGAGGUAAUUAUAUUGUAAAUUAUAAAAGUAUUAAUGGCAAUAAUGCUCCUAAUUUUAGGAUAGAUCUUAAAUAAGUUAACUAUGUAUCAGAGAUGCCAUCUUAAAAUUCAAUUUGUGAUAGUACAAACUCAGAAUAUAUACUUACUAUUUCUAUAACACGGUAACAUAACAGGAGAACCUUUUGGAUUGAUAUUCAAUCUAUAUAUGGAGGAUUAAUAUCAUUAAGUUUAAAUAUUUUAAAAUGCUAGUAUGAAUGCGCUGGAUGCAUAGAUUAUUAUGAUACAUUUUGUUUAUAAUGGAAAAUGCAUUCAUAUUCUUUUAAUUAGAAAUUGAUCACAAAUUCUGAUGGAUGGACAUUUGGAUUAGAAUGUUAUUAUUUUGAUAAUUUUUCUUGUGGUAGAUGCUAAAUUUUAAAUUUUAAGAAAUAAAAUAUUUUACUCAAUUACCUCCUCAUUAAGAUGUAUUAAUAAGGUUUUAUAAAUUUUAUUCUAACAUUAUAAUAGUAGACUAUUUAUAUAGUAAAUAAACAAUUAGUUCUCCCUUCUAAUAAAUAGAAAUAUUAAUUAGAAAUCAUAAAGACAUGA